CAAACAGAUAUCGAACGAGACAACGAAACGAAAAACGAGAAAAAUUUGCGAGAUUUUAUUUGAUAGGAAUCAAGAGUCGGCGAGAAAAUUGUAAAAGCUUAAAUUUACGAAAAACUAAACGGUUUAUAUUAGCAAUAAUGUUUUAAUAAAAAGUUAUGUGAAAGUCUACACUAUAUUUCUGCAGCAGAAUGUUUUAGAAAAUAUAACCAAAUUAGGAUAAAAGUGACAAUUGGAAUAAGUUAUUGUGCAGCGAGCGCGAGCCCACACGAAACGAGGUAGAAAGCCAGGCAAAGAAUAGAAUAAGUAAAUGUGAACGGAGCCGCGAAAAUUCCAAAUUUGGAAAAAUCUCAAGAAGAGGUUUAGGCAACUGAUUUGAAGAACUGCCGACGGGAAGAUUUGAUAAAAUUUAUAGCAGGGUCACGGUUUAACGUCUGCAUCAGUUUGCAAAAAGGUCGUAAAGGUCGAAAUAUUUUUGGCCACUAGGCCUAUACUAUUUUGUAGCAUCGUCCGCUGCAAAGAAUAUUCCGGUACACAUAUAACGAGAAUUUUACAUCUACUACUUAAAAUGGCCGGUAAACCAAGACCGAAUUUAAGGUUCCAAAUUCCGAAAGAACCAGAGCCCGAAAUUGUGCCACCGCGCAAUUUAGACUCGAGUACAACAAUUAAAAUAGGAGAUCAGACAUUCGAAAUCAAUGCCGACAGCUUGGAAAAAAUUGCCGAUUUGGGGCGUGGAGCUUAUGGCGUAGUGGAAAAGAUGAAACAUGAACAGACUGGCACGGUAAUGGCUGUGAAACGUAUUACAGCGACGGUAAAUCGAAAAGAACAGAAACGCUUACUUAUGGAUUUAGAUAUUUCCAUGCGUUCGAGCGAUUGUCCGUACACAGUUCAUUUCUAUGGGGCACUUUUCCGGGAAGGAGAUGUUUGGAUAUGUAUGGAAGUAAUGGAUACAAGUUUGGAUAAGUUCUACCCGAAGGUGUUUAAAAACAAUCUAACAAUGGAAGAAAGUGUCUUGGGAAAAAUUGCCAUGUCAGUGGUGAAUGCGCUGCACUAUCUACACGCACAGCUUAAGGUUAUUCAUCGCGAUGUAAAGCCGUCAAAUAUUUUGAUCAAUCGCAGUGGUGAAGUGAAGAUGUGCGAUUUUGGUAUCUCAGGUUACUUGGUUGAUUCUGUUGCUAAAACGAUUGAUGCUGGAUGUAAGCCAUAUAUGGCACCUGAACGCAUCGAUCCAACGGGCAACCCUGCUCAAUACGACAUACGCUCUGAUGUCUGGUCACUGGGUAUCAGUAUGAUCGAAAUGGCGACUGGCAGGUUCCCAUAUAACUCGUGGCGAACGCCAUUUGAGCAAUUAAAACAGGUUGUUAAUGAGAGCCCACCUCGUCUUGAAACCGGCAAAUUUUCACCCGAAUUCGAAGACUUUAUAACUAAGUGCUUACAAAAAAACUAUACAGCGCGUCCCAAUUAUGAACAAUUGCUAAAGCACGAGUUCAUUGUGGAGCACAUAGAGCGCGAUACAGAUAUUUCCGAGUUUGUUUCCAGAAUAUUGGAUUUGCCGGAGUAAUGUGUUUGUACGUGAGCGCCGUUCCGUCGUCAAGGCUUCAAUUCUGAAUUGUAAAAACAAAAAACUAUAAACUAAAAUAGAGGUUAAGUAAACGAUUUAACGAAAAUAUUUAACUUUCCUAAAAACAGUAUAGGACUUUCGGGCAGUGAAUUGAAAACAAAAAAGCUUACAAUUCGGAAUUCAAAAUACAUAUUUAGUAUGCCUUUAUACCGAGGGUAUCAGAGGUUAUUAUGUAAGAGUAAAUUGUUGCUUAGUAUUUGAAAACUGAUGAUGCCUUAUUAAUGAAAAAUAUGUAUGUUCAAUAAGAAAAUCGGCUUUGGAUGAGAGAAUUAUGUAUGUUUAGGUCCCAAAGUAACUAAUUAUUAAAAGCAAUUAUGAAUUGAUGUGAAAAUUAUGCAUUCAUCAAUUGAAAUAUUUGAGAACAUAACGUGCCUAUUUAGAGUUGAUUAUUGAAUUGUUCAUUAUACAAAAAUAUAAAACAAAAAAAAAAAAAAAAACAAUAAAAAAAUAUGUAAUAAAACAUUG